CAAGUCUCUUGGUGCUACACACAACUCGCAAAACACCUUCCUAAUGCAGGUCCUCCCGCCGAACCAUUCGGUACACAAGACACUACCCGUGUGCAUGCCAGACCUACCAUUGGCUAUAAAGCACCGAGUAUAAAUUCACCGAACAAGCAAGAACAAAAUGUUGCAUUUCUGACUUAGGAUGUAAGGGGAAGUUACUGAUGCAUAUCAAGAAUGAGUGCUUGUAACCGAGACCAUGAUUGGUGAAUGUGAGCCGGUUACACAGAUGUAUACUUCAAGUAUGUAUUUUUAUUGGAGCAUUAACUUCAGCGAGCCGCGAAGUGAGAAUGUGACAUGCGAUAUUGUUGUACAGCUUCAAAAUUCGGACUUGUUAACUAAAUUGCUGCUCGGUUAAACGGGCUUGUCAACAUCCCGCAAGACCCUCAAAGAGAUAUAAAGUCGAGUGUAGGGUCCAUCUUAUUCGAACAUCUCAUCUUCAACUCUCGCACUUUUUCUCUCCUCUUUCCUCUCUCAUCCAUCUUCCCUUCCAAUCAUUUCAUCUUCCAGCUGUUCACCCACCCCCAACCACAACCGGCACCAUGAAGCUCACUCACAUUCUCCCCCUCCUCUCUCUGGCCACGGCAAUCCCACUCCUUGACACGCGCGACCCAGAACCAUCCUCCUCCUCUGAAAUCAACAACACCACCCUAGCCAUGUCCCCCUCCAUCUCCCUCUCCCAAGCCGCAGCUAUGGGCUCAAUUCACACCCUCAACACUCUCUCCACAACCAAAGCCGCAGCCGCAGCCGCCGCCGGUCCCAUCAACGAGUAUGGUCUUGACGGGCCUUGCAAGGCCGUGACUGUGCUAUUUGCCAAGGGAACAGGCGAGAAUGGAAAUAUGGGAGAUGGGAGCUCGCCGGGUCCAGCGUGGGCUGCUGCUAUUCGGGCGAGUUUGGGGACGGAUAGGGUGGCGGUGCAGGGCAUUGCGUAUGAUGCUAGUGUUUUAGGCUAUCUCCUAGGCGGCUCCCCAUCAGGAAGCACCACCUACCUCAACACAAUCAACCAAGCCAGUACCAAAUGCCCCAGCACCAAAAUCGUAAUCGGAGGCUACUCCCAAGGCGCACAGAUCCUGCAUAACGCAGCUGAGAAAUUGACUGCUGCUGUUACGGCGAAGAUUGCUGCUGCCGUCCUCUUCGGCGACCCAGACUACCCCGACACACCAGGCUCCAUCCCCGCAUCCAAGACCCUGCAAAUCUGUCACCAGGGCGAUAUCAUUUGUCGUGGCAUAGGUGGCGCUGAUGCGCAUCUGACGUAUCCGAGUGAUGCGCCGCAGGCGGCGGCGUUUGUUGCUGCUAGGGUUUAGGAAGGUGUGAUAGUGGGAGGUGGGGAGGAUGGGAUUGGGAAGGGGGAAAGAAUGAGAGGGAGAGGGAGAGAGGUGAAGGGUGAAGGGGAAAGGGAGAGAGGUGAGGGAGGAAGGGAAAAGUGGAUUUCAUUGCGGUUGUUUAUUUACAUGCUAAGCGAAUCCUCGACUCGCAUCAGAUUUGAACGAAUGGAAUAGCGGCACAGCACUUUCAUGGAAAUGAUAUCUCAAAAGCAUGACAUAACAAAAUAAAAGAUUGAGGGAAU